AUGGGAAAAGACGUAUCGGAGACUAAUGCCCAGUCCACUGAUCAGCAUAUUGAUAUCGAGACCAAAGAUGGCUUGAUCGCGACCGGAAAGGUAGAUGCUGCUCUCGAGUUCCUGCGGACGGAAGAUGUCGCAGUCAUCACCGAGGUGGACGAGAAAGCACUUGUACGAAAGAUUGACUGGAUGAUUAUGCCGUUGAUGUGGGCUGCGUAUAACCUGCAAUACCUGGACAAGGUGCUCAUCAACUAUGCUUCUGUCAUGGGUUUGCUCAGUGAUACAAACAUGCGCACGAAUCAAUUCUCGAAUCUCACUCUUGCGUUCUAUGUGACUUAUCUUUUUUUCGAACUUCCCACUGGGUUUCUCAUGCAACGCUUACCUACCGCCAAAUAUCUGGGAUUCAAUGUCACGCUAUGGGGUCUGAUGACGACCUUGAACUGCACUGCAAAGAACUUCCCAGGCCUGAUGGUUCUUCGUGUAUUGCUUGGGUGCUUCGAAAGCGCGAUUGCGCCGGCACUGAUCCUUAUAACAUCGAUGUGGUACAAGAGAGAUGAGCAACCACAGAGGAUGGGGAUAUGGUACCUAGGCACAGGAACAGCCUCAAUUAUGGGCGCUCUAGUAGCAUACGGUCUCCUCUUCUAUACCUCUAAUCAGUUCAAACCAUGGCAGAUAAUGUUCCUUGUCUUCGGUCUGAUCACAAUCGCUGUCGGUAUAAGCAUAUUCUUCUUCCUGCCAAACAACCCCAUGACCUCGCGCCUUACCCACGAAGAGAAAAUCCUCGCCAUCGAACGCCUGCGCGAGAAUCAAACGGGUAUUGAAAACAAGCAUUUCAAGCGCAGUCAGCUAAAUGAGAUCUUCCGCGAUCCACAGACAUAUCUCAUUGCUAUCGUUGUCACAGCCAUGGACGUACCCAACGCCGCCAUGAGCAGCUUCACCUCGCUCAUCAUCCAAAACUUCGGGUUCACCACCAAGGAGACCGAACUACUGAAUAUCCCCAACGGGGCAGUGAGCAUAGUCAGUAUCCUGACCGCGUCUUACUUCGCCGGUCGAUAUAACCAGCGCUGUCUCUGUGUGGCUGCAUCGUUGGCAUGCGGGCUGUUAGGCGGGUGUUUACUUGCUUUCUCACCUGCAGACAAAAAAGGCGCUCAGCUGGCAGGAAACUAUUUGACACAAGUCACCGGCUCUGCGCUGCCGAUGAUGUACUCACUUGCUGGGGCCAAUGUCGCCGGUCAUACGAAGAAGGUCUCUAUGAAUGCUAUUCUACUCAUGUCCUUUUGCCUGGGCAAUAUCCUUGGCCCGCUUACUUUCCGCACUGAGGACGAACCGAAUUACAUACCUGCUAAGAUAGCGAUUGUGGUGACCAUCUCCGUGGCAAUUGUGUUUACGUUUGCGUUGCGAACUUACUACGUCUUGGAGAACAGACGGAGAGAUCGGAGUCAGGAAGGAGCGGUGCAUCAAGAGAACUCUGAGUUCUUGGAUAUGACAGAUCGAGAGAAUCGCGAGUUCAGGGUGAGUUGUUACAAACUUUGA